CACAGAGGAAACACGGGGAAUUUUAAUUAUUUUUGGGAUUAACUGCAUCUCCUCUGAUGUUUGGAGAAGCGACAUCAAGGAGCUUUAACUGAGACCUAUAAGGAGGUUUCUUGGCUCCUGCAGCCAUUUCCCCUGCAGGGCUGAGCUCUUUGGCUGGCUUGCUACUUCCUUAGCAGAGGGGCUGCUGGCAGGGGCAACGUCAUAGCAGGUCAUGAAGCCUCAGGAGGCAGAGCUUGUUACUGAAAUCUCCAAGUUACAAUGCAUGGUCUCAGAGCUGAAGACGGGAUUCACCAGUGCUCUGCUGGAGCUCAGUCAGAUCCAACAUGGAGACACGUACCUGAGGGAGGAGCUGGAGGAGAACAGGAGGAGCUGCCAGAAGAAAGCUCUUCGUAUGGAGGCUCUGGUUGAGUCUCUGAGGGAGGAACUUGGAGUAAUGCAGUGUCAGAUCGUGCAGCUGUACAGUAACAGACAGAGACCUCAGCAGGAUGCAAAGAGCUCCACAUCCAAACAUCAAAGCAGCGAUCCAGCAGAUUCAUCCUGUGAACGGAGGCAGUGUGACUGUUCGUCUGCUCCGCCACCGGCCUGUCUGUCAAGAGGGAAACUGCUCCUCCACUGUUUCCUGCAGGGCCUCAAAGCCGGACUGAGUGAAGGCACAGAUGCACGUCAUCAGGUGGCAAUGCAGCUUUUGCAUUCUGAAUGGGAGUACGUGUCAACUUUAAACCAGCUGUACGAUAAAUAUAAGACACCACCAGCUCACCAGAUGACUGUGGAGCCGUAUCAGACAUAUCUGAAGUUUGUGGAGCAGCUGCUGCAGCGACAUCUGCUCUUCAGAAACACCCUGCAGGAACGAUUAUCUGCUGAACACUGGAAAUCUCUGGUUGGAGACAUCCUGGUGCAGCUAAUCGGACAAAAUGAUACAGCCUUUUCAGAUAUGUACCUUGGAUACACAACUACCUUAGCAUCAUUUCUCUCACUGGAGUUCAACAGACUAAAUAACUCUGAGAAAAUGCAGAGCGGCCAGAUGGAGAGAGAGGAAAUGAAACUGCUCUCCCUGCUGUUGGCACCUGUCUCUCGUAUACACAGCUACCUGAGCCACAUUCAGAACUUGCUGCAGUGGACGGGUAAAGACCAUCCUGACUGUAGCCUCCUGCUGGGAACUGAGCGAGCACUCAGGAGCAUUUUGUCUCGCUGUCAUGUGACCCUGGAGGAAGAUGUCAGAUGGGAGGAAGGAGAAGGAGCUGGACAAUGCAGCUACUCUGAUGCGGUGGCUGGUGGAUCAUCUGCUAAUUGUUGCACUAGGGGCCAACAGACCAGAGAGCCUCAGCGCGAGUCCAACACUGCUGCACAGAAAGACGACAAACCGGCUCUCAACCUCACUAACGGAGUUGACGGCUGUCACUCGAUGCGUUUGGAGUGCUGGUCCUGCAGCCCAGUGAGGAGGAAGGACUGUGGAAGAGACCGGACCCUCCUGAACCAGCCGGCCCGUGACUGUGGACACGCCUACUGCUCCCUCCUCACUCCGGACGCUGCGGCGUGGGGAGAGAACAGCGACUCAGGCCAGGGCACCUACAGCCAGCCCACUGGGAAAGGUAUCAACGGGCUGGAGGCACCUCACACCAACCACAGCCUCGAGGACUGCGAGACAGACCCGGACGACACCUCGGCCUUCGACUACUCCUCCGUCACCUCCUGCAGCCCUGACGGCACCCUGCGCAGGGAGAUGAUGGGCAGCAACAGUGGGGAGGAUGAGGAGGACAGCCAGGUGCCGGUGCUGCUGAAGCCCUCGUACAGCCAGCAGCAGCAGCAGCAAUCGAGGGACGCACCCAGAGAGAGGACUGUGUGUCUGAGGUGGCAGAUUCCCAGAUUAACCCCUCACCCUCCUCUGAGAAACACCACAGGGCAGUGUGUGGACGGGCCGACGCCGUGCCUCGUCAGCUCUUACGGGAAAAGGCUGGUCAGUGUCAGGAAGGGGUCGCCUCCUCUACAUCCAAAAAGUGCCUUUAGGCCUAUCUGGGAUGAUCCAUCCAAACAGGCUGAUUCAGCACCCGAAAAAGACAACAGACAAGGCUUCAUACCGAUUCAAGCACCAGCGAGACAGAGCUUUCAGAAUUUCAACCCAAGCAGAGAAAAUCUGAGACCAGGCCUGUCUCAGCAGAGAGGAAACCAUGCAGCAGCCAUGAGCGGUGGAGGAUUGUGGGACGACAGUGAAGACAGCGAGGGACCCUGCAGCACCGUUUGACCUCUCCAGGGACAAGAGGACUAUCACUAAAAAAUGUUGCACUCAAAACUUUGAAGUAACAACCAAACAUGAGCCCAAGGUGUGAUUUCUUCGACAGAGACAUUUUCCCCAAAAGAUCACGGCAGCAAUAUAAAUGCAUGAAAGAGGAAUCAGUGAGCCUGAAACAAUGUCCUCGCAGAUUUACAUUAUAUACUGAAUUUAGAUGAAAAAUUCAAUAUUCCAGGCCAAAUUGUUUUUAAUUAGAGAUGUUGAUAUUGUUUUAUGGCAUCAAUGUAUGUGGCAAAGGAAAAGUACUGAGUAAUAAAAGUAAUUUACUUUAUGAAUUCAAUGACUAGAUUUUAAUAUUAAAGGUAGCAAUAAAGGAAAUAGAAAAAGAAAAGUACACUUACUGCCAUUUUAAAGGAGAGUUAGCUUGCUAAUGCUAACACGGAUGCUACGAAGCUACAACUAGCAGCCGAUUAGCUUCUGUCUAUCUUAGCACAAUGACUGGAAGCUGCUAGCUUGGCUCUAUUAAAUACUAACAAAAUUAACCUUCUAGCACUUAUAAAGCUCACUAAAUAAAGACACCGUAUCUUUUUUUUUCUUCAUUUGUCCAAACGAGGAGUUAAAAACGGAAAUCCAUUGUUUAAACUUCCGGUGUCGUUUCUGUGCAGGUGCAGUGAUUUCAUGGAACGUUCGAUGGUUACCUGGCAACAAGCGGUACCGGCCGUAAACCGGCGAAAUGUCGUUUUUACUUUUAGGUUUUACUUUAAAAUUACAACAAAGAUUGUAUGAUGUGUUAUUUAUUAAACCCUAGAGGUGCUAGAAGAUGGAUUUUGUUACCUUUGAACAUAAUUAUGCUAGUUUUCAGUCUGUGCUGAAGCUAAAAGGAAGCUAGUAGAAGCUACAUAAAAUAAGGGACUGUUCUCUAUUUAUCUUAGAAGGGCGUUGGCUAGCGUGUGACUUAAAAAAAAUCUUGACCCUCACCAUAGCUACAUUUUUUUUCUCCUUGAGCCUCUCUAAGUAACUCGUGGACAAUUCAUGAAAUUCCUUUUACCAUAAAUAACCACUUUUGAAAAAAUAUUUACACUAAAUGCAUGUAUUAGAGCCAAGG